AUGGAAAACAGGGAAAACGUAGAAUUAAGCGAGGAACAAAUUUUAUGUCUAUACAUAGACACGAAAAAGUAUCAGAAAAAAGUAGGUGUAUGUUUUUACAACUAUUUAAAGUAUGAAUUUUUAAUGACUGAAUUUAUUGACAAUGGAUAUUUUACGACCUUAGAAUCUUUGUUUAUACAAAAAAGACCGUACAAAUGUUUUUUCAGCAGCACGAAUGAUUUAGUUGAUGACGAAAGACUUUUAAAUUUAUUUAAAAUGUGCAAUAUAGAACCAGUUUCACUGGAAAAGAAAAAAUACGAUGUAACAAAUUUGAAGGAAGAAUUAAAAUUAAUAAUACCACAAAAUGAUGAUGUUCGAAAUUAUGAUAAACAUUUGGAAUUAGAAAAUGCAUGUAAAUGUUUGAUGGCAUUAAUAAACCAUUUAAAAAUUAAAGAAAAUCAAGACAUACAUUAUCAGUGUACUAUUAAUAUACACAAUAUGGAUUUAUAUAUGCGAUUAGAUAAAGCAGCUAUUAGUGCAUUAAAUAUACUUCCAAAUAAGAAAAAUUUAAAUAGUUAUAGUAAUAAUACAAGUUUAUUAAAAUUUUUAGACAAAUGUAAUACAACCAUGGGAUCUAAGAAGUUAGCAUCUUGGCUUACUCAACCAUUAACAAAUAUUACUGAAAUUAAUAAAAGAUUAAAUAUUGUUGAAACAUUUAUAGAAGAAGAUGAUUUGCGUAAUAGUAUUUAUUGUAAUUAUUUAAAAAGGAUACCAGAACUAGACAGAUUAAAUCAUUAUUUAAAGGAAAUUAAUCAAAAUAACGAGAUACGAAUGAAUUCUAAAUAUAAUGAAGAAAUGAUUCUAAAAGACAUUGUAAAAUUGUACUAUGCUAUUUUAGAUUUUAAACAAAUAUAUUUUUCUUUAGUGUCCAUUCAAGGAAAACAUAAAGAAACGAUAAUCGAAAUGUUUGUAAAACCUUUGCAUGAAAUAUUAAAUAACUUUUCCAAAUUGUUAGAUAUGAUUGAAAUGACUAUAGAUUUAAAAGAGAUUGAAGAAAACAAAGUUUAUUUAAUUGCAAAGCAUUUUGAUGAAGAAUUAGAAGAAAUAUCAAAUGAAAAAAAUGCACUAAUGAAAAAAAUUAAAAGUCAUAAAGAAGAUGUUGAAAAUGAUUUAUUUUGUGACAAAUAUGACAGACGAUAUAAGAGGAACAAUAGAGAAGACAUUCGAUUAGUAGAUUGUAAUACAAAUGUAUUUUUAUUUAGAGUAUCGAAAAAAGAUUCUUCCCUAAUUCAACACCAAAAAAAAUUUAUAUCAGUUCGCAUGAAUAAGAAUGAAUUUUUGUUUACAACGAAUACUUUGAAAAGUUUAUGUAAGCAAUAUGAACAUUGUUUAAAUAUUUAUAACACGUUGCAGUUAGAAAUUGUAAAAAAAACCAUAUGUGCUGUUUCGACCUAUACUCCAGUAAUUGAAAAAUUUAUAGAUAUCGUAUCUACCUUAGAUGUAUUAAUAUCUUUUUCUGUUGUUUGUUAUAAUUCCCCAUUUCCAUAUGUUAGACCAACAAUAGUAGAAAAUGGAGAAAAUGUAAUUAUGAAAAAAUCACGACACCCGUUACUAGAAUUACAACAUAAUUUGAAUAACUUCAUACCAAAUGACAUUCAUAUGAAUAAAAAAACAAGUAGAUUGAUAAUAAUCACAGGACCAAAUAUGGGUGGAAAAAGUACUUACAUUAGACAAACAGGUAUAAUUUGUAUAUUAGCACAAAUAGGUAUGUUUGUACCUUGCGAUUCUUGUGAAAUUCCUAUUUUUAGUCAAAUAAUGUGUAGAGUAGGUGCUUCCGAUUUUCAGCUAAAAGGGAUAUCUACCUUUUUAUCCGAAAUGAUAGAAGCAUCUGCAAUUGUUAAAAAUGCUGAUAAAAACUCUUUUAUUAUUGUGGAUGAAUUGGGUAGGGGUACAUCUACAUAUGAAGGAUUAGGUAUAAGUUGGUCUAUUGGAAAGUAUAUCUUAGAUAACAUAAAAUGCUUCUGCCUAUUUGCUACUCAUUUUCACGAAAUUUCAAAUAUUGCUUAUCAGUGUGAGGGAGUUGUUAACAGACAUGUGGAAACGACAAUUGAUCAAAAGCAAAAAAAAAUAUACUUUUUAUAUGAAAUUAAGGAUGGUGCAUCAAAUAAAAGUUAUGGUAUAAAUGUUGCUGAAAUAGCUAAGUUACCAAAAGAUGUUAUUCAAAAGGCUUAUGAAAAAGUAGAAGAACUUGAAUCAGCAGAAAAUAAAUACUACCUAAAAGAAAAGUUAAACAUUGACACAGAAUCUAAUACUAAUGAGAGCUAUAAAAAUAAAAUUUCUAAUUAUAUGAAAAUUAAGGAUGAAAUGAAUUACUUAUUUUCUGCUAAUAGUGAAAAUGAAUUCAUGAAUAGGUUUAUGUCCAAAAAGAGUUAUUUGAAGGAACUAGCUAUUUAA